GGGCAAACCUCACAACUCAGGCCCAAGUCAUGGGAAUCUGAAUGGAGGGGUGACCUUCUCCUCUACUUUAAUUUUAUUGAAAUACUGAGAAACUUGAACUGUUUUGUCUUUAGAAGGGAAAUUCAUGUUUGUGCCAGGCCAGCCUUUGUAAAAGCCUUCAGAUGGAUUCACUAGAAGUCUGUGUUCCCGCACUACAGAAACUGAAUUUUCUGCUUUGGCAUUUCCAUCACUUGGAAUGACCACUAAAGUGUUGAGUUUUGGAACCUCUGGAUUUGAUCUAAAGUAAACUCUGAUUCUGUGUUGAUAGGGAACCAUUUCUCUCUAACAUUGUGGUUCCUUUAAGGCGCUUGACUUUGGCCACAUGAGAAUAACGCAUCUCUGGGCAGUCCAAGAAAGAGCCUCCUGAUCUAGUCGCCAAGACUGCCCAUGACCUUCAGCUAUGUACCCCAACCCUCUCAUUUAUUGCACCUGCUGGGACCCCUGGAAUGUGGGACCACGGAAGCUAAUCAAGACCACUCAGCUACCACGAAAGAACCCCACAGGGAGAUCUAAGCUAACUCCUCUUCUACCAGCUCCAAAAAACCACGAUUACCUCCAACCAACAAAACCUGUUUUUUCCCCAAAAGUGAAAAGCCAUUUAGCAAGGCAAGAAGUGAACAAUAAAUCAUUUUAUGAAGCGAUCAACGUGUCACCUGGCUAUCAGCUUGUUCGGAAUCGGGAACAGAUUUCUGUCACCUUAGGGGAUGAGAUGUUUGAUAGGAAAAAGCAGUGGGAAUCAAAGAUCCUGGACAAAGGCAGAUUUAACAGGCCCAACAUCAUUUCUGACCUAGAAGAACAAAUCUCAGAGCUGACAGCGAUAAUUGAACAAAUGAACAGAGACCACCAGUCUGCCCAGAAAUUGCUCUCCAAUGAAAUGGAUCUCCGCUGUGCUAAGAUGAAACAGAACUUUGAAAACAAGAACAGGGAGCUCAAAGAGGCCCAUGAAGCAGAGCUCAUUGAGUUGGAGAACAAGUACAAAGCAGCCUUGAAGGCGGAGAAGUUGGCUGCCCAAGAGAAGCUAGAGGAGAUGGGAAAAGAAUACAAGUAUUUGAAGAAUAUGUUUCGUAUGUAUCAGGACAGUAUUUAUGAUGAAAUGGAAGAGAAGUGGUCAAAACAGAAGGCAAAAUGGGAGAAGGAUGAGAAGUCGGAGCGAGAAAAGGUCCUGCUACAGCAAAAAAAAAAGAUGACCAAAAAAUUUGAGUUGGAGUCAGAAGAAGAAAAGAAGAAAAUAAAUGAAUCCUGCAGUGCUGUCUUUGAGAACUUCAUUCAAGAGAAGGAGGAGCUCUUGAAACAACAUGAAAGUGACACCUUGCAAUUAGAAAAGCUGAGAAAAACCAAAGAGGUCCUAGAGGAAGAACUGCAGGUGCAAGCUUUUGUCCUAGAGUCCCUUAACACAAACCUCCACUAUACCCAGUUGGAACUCCAGAAAGAGAAAGCUACAGUGGGAAAUCUGGAGAAAAUGCUUCAGACCAAGCUUGCUGAAGCUGAAGAAAAGUAUAAGUACACCAUACAGAUCCUGAUGGAAGAGAACAUUCAUCUGAAGCAAAAGAUAAUGUCUAAGAAUGAAGAAAUUUAUGAAGGAUGUUCUGGGAGAUUGGCCUCUGUUUCUGUUUCUAAGGAUGAUUCUGACACUAUGGAAGAUGGUAACAAGAAAGGACAAGAAUCACAAACAAAAAGCUGCUCUCAGGGUUGAAGAUGGUAGGCACACCAUUUCUGUAGGCCUAGGAAACUGCUGUGAGGGUUUUCUUGAGAAAAUGCAUCUAAUGAGUUUAGUACUUGGGCAGCUCUGAUUCUAUUUUUGCUUUCUUCUGAGUGACUGAAAAUGUUUGAAUUCUCAUCUGAAUUUCACAGCUUAUCAUGAACACUUCAUUGAAAAAUGACGCUCUCUGUACCAAGAGCUGAGCUUUCUCUGAGUUGUGUACUAUUUUUCUUCUACCCUUACGUAUUUCAUUAGAAAGAAACUGAUUUGAAGGCC